ACUCGUGUUCACAAUAUAUAACGUAACGUGAUAAAGUGUGUAUUUUUUUGAGAUCGUGUUUGCUGAUUGAUCUUUCCUCUUCCCGCGACACAUAUAUACGGCUCUAGCUCUGCGCUAACCGUAAACCAGAGACAUACAUUAUUAUGAACGUAUACGUCUGUGCUUAAACUCAGCGAUAAAGAAGUAAAAAAGUAUCGUUUGCACAAAAUUAAGUUAGACAACGUUAUCAUGAACAUAAAACUAGAUAAUCUAAAGUGUGGUAUGAUAGAGCGACAACAAUUUUGAAGAGAUGGUUUUGUGCGUCUCUCAAGCACUGAUAGUGGGUGAUUACUGUUUCGCGCGCGAUAUUGUAUUUUCAAGCGCCUAACUGACCUAGAUCAUUGUAGAGUCGAUAACAGUCAUGGCGACGGUACAGGCCUUCAGAGAUUGGUUCUGGAACGAAAAGGUGUGGCUACCCGGCAAUUUGACAUGGAAGGAAUUCGAAAACCCACCUCCCGGUGAAUAUUAUCCUUUAGAAAAGCACAUUCUCCUUCCAAGCUUUCUUUUGGGUAUUAUUCUGCUCGGAGUUCGUUUUGUUUACGAAAGAUGCUUAGUGGUUCCGUUUGCCAAGUAUAUGGGCCUGACCUUCAAGAAACGAUACGCUUUGGAGAAGAAUCCCACUCUGGAGGCUGUGUAUACUGCUGACAAGUUCCCAGAACAAGGCAAAAUUCAGGAAUUAUCCAAGAAGACAAGUCUAACAGAGAGACAGAUACAGAGAUGGUUCCGACACAGACGCAGUCGAGACAUACCAGGCAGGAUGAAAAAGUUCAGGGAAUGCAGCUGGCAUUUCCUGUUCUACUCAUUCAGCUUCUUUGGUGGCCUGUAUGUCCUGUGGGAUAAACCAUACUUCUGGGAUUCUAAGUAUUGCUGGGUAUCCGGUGUGCGCCAGCAUGUGCCCAAUGAUAUAUACUGGUACUAUACAAUAGAGUUGGCCUUCUACUGGAACCUGGUGUUUACCCUGGUCACAGAUCACAAGAGAAAAGACUUCAAAGAGCUCGUCGUCCAUCACAUUGUCACCAUGAUGCUCAUCUACUUUUCCUUUGCCUCAAACCAGAUCCGCAUCGGCACCCUCGUCCUACUCGUCCAUGAUUCCGUCGACUUCUGGUUGGCUGGGGCUAAGAUGGCCAACUAUGUGAAGAAAGCCACACUUACUGACACCCUGUUUGGAGUUUUCUUCGUGGUGUGGUUGUUCACCAGGUUGUACGUCUACCCCUUCAGGGUAGUGUGGUCUGCAACAUUCCAGUCCCUGGAUCAUCUCCCUAUCUGGCCUGCAUACUGGAUUCUCAAUGGUCUGCUCUGGGUCUUACAGAUUCUUCACGUCAUCUGGACCUACAUGAUCGUACGCAUUAUGGCCACCAAGUUCACUGGUGACAAGAAGCUCAAAGACCUCAGCAGUGACACAGAGGUUUCCACAGGGGGAGAGGAGGAGGAGGAGGAUAUAAUCCAAGGAAAAACGUCUGUUUCCAAUGGAUGCCCCCCAGCCUUGAGCAGAAGUCCAAAAGCUGCAGAUAGCAGGAAAAAACGAAGGGCAUAGGGCAGGAAGGCUGGAUUUGGGCAAGCUACUUUUUUCACCAUCAAACAAAUGUCAUUUGCAGGCAGCUGCAAGGAGUGCAAGGCAUAAAGCAUUAAGGCAGUUUGGACAGAAGGAAGCAGUUCUCACCAACAGCAAAUAUGAUAUUGUCACCUGGUCAUCAUAUUGUUUAGAUCCUAUCUUGACCUUUGAAUGCUGUGACCUUUUGUGAGGACAACUAGAUCUUAAAUGGUUUCUGUAUUAAGAUAUCGGUGUAACUUCACAAUAUACACAACUAUGAAAAAGUAAAUCUGUAUUUAUUUUUAAACCACUUUGAGUUUAACAACACAUUGAUGUAUACGUAGUGAAAUGAACAAGUUCAGGCUGUCCCUUUACUGAUUUAAAUGGUAUUGGUGUGGCUUCAGAUUUUUUCUGUAUGUGUUAAAAUACAUAAUAGUGUUUUGCUAACUUUUGAUCAAAUGAAGCAAUACAUUCCUUCAAUUUAUACAUACUGUAAGAAAGGAAAAUAUAAUUUUCUGUUGUUGUGUGAGUAACACACAACUUUGUCAGCGGGAAUUUAUCUUUAGCUGUAUCGGUAACCAACGACAGACAACAAAUAAAGUUCUGGAAAAAACGAUUCAUUAGGACUUCUACAAAGGAUCUGAUUGUAAAAAAAAAUACAUUAAUAAAUAAACAUUCAAAUUUAACAUUGUUCGGGUCGGGGAAGGUUUAUAUUAUAAUACAAUAUCCAUUUAGUAAAACAAAAGUAUCCUAUUAUAAAUAGAUUUUGUUUUGUCAUGUUUAUGGUUGUCAUUCAACUAAUAGUUCACAUGGUAACGAUGAGUGGCUAAUUUAGGCUUGUCAUUAAGCUUAGAACUCCUUGGCAUUUCAUACUGAUUUUUUAUGAUGGUACGGAAAUUUACAAAUAUAUCUCUUUCCUUUGUAGGAUUGAAAGUGUGAAGCUCAUUUACUUUCAUUUCCAUAGUGACAUAAGAUUCUCUCCUUAUUUUUCUAAGAUUAUUUUUGUAUUUUGAAAUGCUGGUAAAAUGCUGCUGUUUUUUUUACUGGCACAUGGCAUGCAGAUUUGCCUUUCCCGAUACAUUGAGGACAAUGUAAUUUCCAUCCAAAAUAAGGCCUUGCUGUUAUAUAUUUGAAUCACCUUAAGGACAAAUUCAUGUGCAAAAUAUGUACUCGUAAGUAGGACAUUAUACUCAUUACUGCAGGUACAUGCAUUGAUAACAAUUGUGUGAUGUCACAUAGAGUACAUCAUCCACACAGUGCAAGUAAGUAUUCGUCACGUUAUGGAUCUGUGUCCAGUGUAUUGUACACAAUGAUCCAGCCUCUGGUUUUGAAAGAUUAGUUAACUUAAACUAGUGAAUACAGAUUAGUGGAAAAUUAAAAUUGUUCUUAAUAGGCAAGAGCUUUCAAAGCAAAAGGAGUGCUUUAAAUACAUCUUAUCUGUCUCCAUGAAUCUAUCGUGAUGGACAUUAUUAUCAGAUGUUCUUUCUUGUAUUCAUAUCUAAAGUUUUCCCAAACCAUAAGUUGAUUCUAACCAAUCUUUGAGCAACCGGAGCAUGUUUGUUUAAAAAGAACGCUGGAAAUAGCCAUUUAUAAAUUAAGAAUACAAAUAUUAAAAAGUGAAAAUGUGACAAAAUAAUUUAUAAUAAAAUGAGAAUGAUAUAGGUGUAAGAAGAAAUUGUAAUAUGUUUAUGACGCCUUUGUAUAUUUACCACACGGAUAAGUGCUAUCACAUGAACACUUACAAGGUUGUGUUAGUCCACCAUGCACCUAGAUGUGCACAAGAUAUAAUUCCCAGAUUUUUAAUCUUUCACUGUUGGUUUGCAUACCAAACAUUGUGUAGUGGUGGUGCGUGAUCCCACAGCUGUACCUUAACCCCCAUGUUUAACGAGAAUGUGCAAAUUAAAUGUGUCCUGAUGUUGAAAUGGAGCACAGUGGAAUUGGACCAAAACACACUGCUUUAGAUGGGGUAUUAUUUUUUCGUGUGUGUUAAAAGGGUUACCCGGUAAAUUUUGUUAGCUUUAACAUUCAACAUUUUCCAACCAUGAAUAGCAUUUAAUUGGUCAGGAAUUUUGUCUCAAAAUUAAUAUAUUCUUUUUAUAUUUUGAAAUACAUAUCUGUAAUGAAUUUAGAAAAUUAACACAAAUUUGAAAAAACCCCGACAUGAAACUAUUGAAAAAUGUAAUGCUAGUUUUAAGUGGUUUAUUUUGGAUACUGGUCCUAUUGGGGGGAACGGAGGAGAAAUAGUUACAUGUUGUCGGUAAAUAUUGGGCAAUGGAUAUUUUGCAAGCCUUGGUUGUCUUACUGGUUUCAGUAUCGCCUUUUUUAACAUAUCAAAAUAAAUUAUAUAGCAUUUAAAGAUUGAGUGUAAUGAUUGUAAACAUUUUUUCAAGAAUUAUAUUAAUAUUUUUGUAGUGAUAUGUUUGAUUAGCAGCAAACAUAUUUUCAUGUAUAGAAUUUAGUUUAAUAUUUCAUUCAUAUUUACAAAUGCAAAUCAGGUUCUGUUUUAUGUAUGUUUGUAUCCUUAAAGUGUAACCACCCUUCUGAUACAGAAGUGUGUAUAUCCAGAGUAUAUCAAGGUCAAAAUUUCAUGAAAAAAAUUACUUUACAAUGUUGUUUUUUAUCGUUGUUUAUUUUUUUGU